AUGCCGGACAUAGCUACCCGCCGGCAAAUCUGCGAAGACACGAUAAACAGAUCCGAGCACAUAACAACAACCACACCAGGAGCUUCUCUAUCCAGUUCCUUCAUCACCUCAACCACAUACCCCGAACUCUCACCCCUGGACCCUGGAUUUCCAGACCUAACCCUCCAAGGCAUGCAAGUCAUUGACUCAGACACCUUCCUCUGCGCGCGAAACAUGCUAGCCACGAAUCCAAAUUUGCAAACCAAGAUUGCAGUCCUGAAUUUGGCUUCUGAUGAACAACCUGGUGGUGGAUGGAGGUAUACGUUGAGUAUGACACAAGAAGAAGCUUUGUGUUAUUCGUCGACUUUGUUUCAGACUUUGAAGAAGGAAUAUUAUCCUUGGCCCAACACUGGGGAAGNNGGAAGUAUAGCAGGAGUGUUUUCACCGAAUGUGGUGGUAUUCAAGGAUACUCUGGAUAAUGAGUGUCGCGAGCUGGAAGAGGAAGAGAGGAUACUGGUUUCGGUGAUUACAGUUGCGGCGCCUAGAAAUCCUGCUCUCACAGCAGAUAAACAGGAAUUCGAGGAUCAGAAUGUGUUGGAGGGGUUUAGGGAGAAGAUUAGAUUGGUGUUGAGAUGUGUAGCAGCAGAGGGAAAGACUGGGUUGGUAUUGGGGGCUUUGGGGUGUGGUGCUUAUCGAUGUCCACCGCUGCUGGUUGCAACAGAGAUGAAGCAGGUGUUGGAGGAAGAAGAGUUUAGGGAUUGGUUUGAGAAGGUGGUGUUUGCGGUCUAUGGCACGGGACCUGUGGGCAAGAGAAACCUAGAGGUGUUUCGGAAGGUGUUUGGCAGUGAAACUUGA